GUCAGUGAAAGCAAGAAAGCAAAAGAGAGAGAGAGAUUGUAAGAGAGCAUUCAGGGAAAUAUACCUACACUCAGAGUGAGGUUUAAACAGGCACUGGUCGUGCAAUCAGGGAAGCUUGUAGUCGCGCAGGGGAGGUGCUGAUAUUUUCUUCCUUUGUGUCCAUCUUUCAGGGGUCUGUUCUCAUCCUUUAGCGCCUCUUUAUCUACUGUUUUAACUGAACACAGAACAGGAGCACCAUUGUAAACCAUCUUGCCGGUGGUGGAUGCUGAUGCUGUGAUACUGGGAGAGGAGCAGACGGGCCUCCAGUGGAUGUAGUGAAGUGCACUUUUAGAAAACUUGCAAGCAAGGUUUGCCGGCCAUGGGGAACCUCAUUAAGGUCCUUGGCAAGGAUUUAGAGAACUGUCCACAUUUUUUUCUGGACUUUGAAAAUGCCCAGCCUACAGAGGCAGAAACGGCUGUGUGGAAUCAAGUCAGCGCCGUGCUAGAGGAGGCUCAUGGGAUACUAGCAGAGUUACAGUCGUACAAUGGAGCAGGGCAAGAAAUAAGAGAGGCUAUUCAGAACCCGAAUGACCUCCAGCUUCAGGAGAAAGCCUGGAAUGCUGUUUGCCCCCUGGUGGCCAAGCUUAAGCGAUUUUAUGAAUUUUCCCUCAGGUUAGAAAAUGCCCUGCGUAGCCUGCUGGAGGCGUUAACAAGCCCACCGUAUGCUCCCAUGCAACACCUGGAGAGAGAACAGGCUCUAGCUAAACAGUUUGCAGAGAUCCUGCACUUCACUCUCAGCUUUGACGAGCUAAAGAUGACAAAUCCAGCCAUUCAGAAUGACUUCAGUUACUACAGGAGGACUAUAAGCAGAAAUCGCCUGAACAAUCAGCAGUUAGAAGCAGAGAACGAAGUCAAUAACGAAAUGGCCAAUCGAAUGUCUCUGUUUUAUGCUGAAGCCACACCCAUGCUGAAAACCUUAAGCAAUGCCACAACUAAGUUUGUAUCAGAGAACAAGACGUUGCCAAUCGAGGACACCACCGAUUGCCUAAGCACUAUGGCCUGUGUGUGUCGGGUCAUGCUGGAGACUCCGGAAUACCGCUGCCGUUUCACCAACACAGACACUAUGCUGUUCUGCAUGCGUGUUAUGGUGGGAGUCAUUAUCCUCUACGAUCAUGUUCACCCUGUGGGUGCCUUCGCUAAAACCUCCAAGAUUGAUAUGAAGGGCUGCAUAAAGGUGUUGAAAGAGCAGCCUUCAAACAGUGUGGAGGGAUUGCUGAAUGCACUGAGGUAUACAACAAGACAUCUAAACGAUGACAGCACCUCAAAACAAAUCCGUGCUCUGCUACAAUGAGAAGAGAAGAUGCUCAGAUCUUAAGGGAUGAAAACCCUGAACAAGAACGAAAAAGAAAACUGGAAGAUAGAAGUUACUGACAGAGCAAACUAUGAAAACAAGCAUUCUUGGGUGUUUCACCCUUGUUUACAAAAAUGAAAUGAAAAAUGUCCAUUUCAAUAACCUGAAAAAUAGAGAAAGAAAAAUGAAAAAGUAUUUAUAUUGUCAAUUAUUCAUCAUGUCUUUGAUUUUCUAAAAACAUGAGAAAAUAUUAUAGAGAUAUAAAGAUAUAUGUAGUUAUAUUAAAGUGCAAAAA